ACUGCCGCCAACCUGGGCCAACCAGCCCCCCCUUCCCGCGCGCGGGGCGCACGCGCAUUUCCAGAUCGGGAGCCGGAGAGGGAGGGGGGGCCAUGAGCGUCCUGCUCCCCAACAUGGCGGACUUUGACACUAUCUAUGAACUGGAGGAGGAGGAAGACGAAGAAGAGGAGGAGGAGGAGUCCGAGACUGUGGUGAGAAGUCAGGAGCUGCCGCGGCCCCGGGACACGCCUGAACCCGUGGCUGUGAGGGGCGCCGGGCAUAUCACUGUGUUUGGCUUGACCAACAAGUUUGACACCGAAUUUCCCUCUGUUCUGACAGGGAAGGUUGCUCCAGAAGAAUUCAAGAUAAGUAUCAGUCGUGUAAAUGUGUGUUUAAAGAAGAAUCUCCCUAUCAGUGUAAAAUGGCUUCUCUGUGGGUGUUUGUGCUGCUGCUGCACACUUGGCUGCAGUCUGUGGCCUGCCGUCUGUCUGAACAAAAGAACUAGAAGAUCAAUUCAGAAGUUGUUAGAAUGGGAAAAUAACAGGCUAUAUCACAAGCUUGGUUUGCACUGGAAGUUGAGUAAAAGGAAAUGUGAAACUAGCAAUAUGAUGGAGUAUGUAAUACUAAUAGAAUUCUUACCAAAAUAUCCCAUAUUUCGACCCGACUGAGGAGCAGUAUUACCUUUCAUGUUAUCUGUCAUUUCCUACCUGUAGUGCCUUGUAGGGGAUGUUGGAGAGAAGAUGGUCUACUUUUCUGUGAUUUUUAAACACAAAGGUGUUCUUUAGUAGAGUAACUUCGUUGCUAUGUUACUUUCUUUUGUUUUAAGAAGAAAACAAUUUGCACAUUUUUAAUGUUAAAUAAUGAGGCUCCUGUGUGUAUCCUGAAUUAUUAUUUUAAACUUCUUUAAUGAUGCAGAGUUGGGUACUACAGAUCUAAUAUUGAUAUAGAAUCAGUGCUGCUUGUAGCCUUUUUUUUAGCAUGCUGCCUUAUGAAUUUUGAAAUCCAUCUGUUUUCCAAACAUACAUCCUUCUGAUGCGGUACAUCAAUUUCACACUACCUUAAAUUCUUGACAGAAACAACCAAGGUUAGUUUUCAAAAACUAUUAAUACAGUUUUGAUAAUUCAGUUGUAUAAGACUUGCAAUGAACAACAGCACUGGUUUUGUCCUGCACUUGCAAAGUUGCUCAUUUUACACUGUGGGAGCGGGUUGGGGGUUCAUUUGCAAUACAGACAAUGGGUCUGUAAAUAUUGCCUCAUUGUAUAAUGUCAAGUGUGAUACUACAUGAAGGUUUACAAAUUGUAAUAUAAUUCCUAUUGUUUUACAUUUGUUCUACAUAGAUUUAUUAUGAAUUAUGUCUGUAAGCAUUCUUCUGAUUGUAUGACCCAUUAGUGUGCCAUACUAUGAAGCCAAUAAUGGGUUUGUGCAUACCAAAAGUCCCAUUUAGGUGCACUUAGUAAAUGAAUGUGAAAACGUAUCACAUUUCUAAAGGUGUUAUUGCAACACCUAUAUAUCUUCAAGGAGUCACAAACCCAAUGGGAUUAUUGGCUUGAAUUUCUUCCACAGCAUGCCUCUUAGCUUCCAUUGAAACUGGGGAAACUUUCAAAUGCAUUUUAUGAUACGGUAUGGCACUGGGGUGAGUGUCUGCUUUCAUGGAGAGAACAUCAAAAAUCCCCCUUAAUAUGUUCUGCUCUAAAGUUGCAAUCCUAACUCCACUUACCAUUGAAACCUCAUUGGAUUCAUGGGACUUAUCUCUGAGUAGACAUGGUUAGGAUUGUAAUCUACAUUAUGUUUUAAGGACUGUGGCAGAACUGAAAUACAGUAAAGAAAAUAAAUUUUUAGCAGAGUUAUACUUGGGUAUUCUCUUAUAAUAUUAUUUUGUUGAACAUAACAUUAUUCUUCCUUCUAUGAAAACUAUCCCUCUAAAAAGUUUAAAGAAUCUGGGUAAACUGUACUACUGAAAUAGCAUAGGAGAUCUGGAAGCCACCAGGUUCAUCUAUUUCAAUAACUUACUUUUUGAAUAAUUAUAUGUCAAGACAUGCACUCAGCUUGGUGGCUCUUGUUUUGCUUGGUCUUCGUUGACAGAUUGAUUUUGGAGGUGAGGAUCAUCUAUGAUUCUAUGAAUAUCUCUCUGUCCAGUGGACUGAAUAAUAUUGAGCACAAAGGCCACUUAUACCUGAAAAGCCUCUUAUGAGUGCAGGGUAGGAUUCAAGAAUUGGGAAGCCAAAAACUCAUCAGAAAUAUUUCUUUGAUUAAUAUGUUAGCUUUGACUCUGGAAUGUUUGGUUUAUAUGUAUUUUCACAAUACAUAUUCCAGUUUUACCCCCAUUACGUUGCUAUAAUUGUGACUAAAAUGGGGUGGGAAGGUGCCUGCAAUUUUAUGUUGCUUGCUUGUGGCACUGCUUAACAGCGGUGAUGAAGAAAGCAAGCUACCACCAUCAUGAGCCUUGCAUUGCAGCUUCUUGUGCAGACCAGAGCUCCUGUUUCAUGAAGAACUUGCAUGCAUCUAUGUAUGCAUAUACCACUUGCAUGUUUAGGGUGGCCCAUAACAUUUAGUAGAAUGGUGGAGCCAUUGCUUACUUGGAGCUCUAUGCAUGCACCAGAGUGCCUGUGGAAUCCUUAAUAUCAUGGACUUGAACGGGGUGCUCCUUAGUAUGCUUUACACUGCGCAGCUGCAAAAGCAAAGUAUUCUAAGGUAUGUGGUAUAACGUGAACCUUGAAAUAUUUAGUGGUGCCCAGGCUUCUGGCUCCAGGAGGAAAUUCCUGAUGGCAAGAGCUAUCCGGUUGGAUUUUAAAAUGGAACAUUGAGUAUUAAAAAUGGAAUAUCAGUUAAAUAGAACUUUUGAGGUGCCGCUUGCUACUUAGACCUUUUUAUUACUCAGUGUAGGUAUUUCACAUUCUGUUAAAAUGUUCAUGGUAUUGAACAGAGGAGUAUUGGAAAGCAGAAUGAAUAUUUGAAUAGCCAAAUAAUGUGGUACAGUGUGAAAUGCAGUAUAGUGUUUUUCCAUUCAUUAUAAAGGGUGCUGAGAGUUAUGUACAGUAUUGCCAAAAAUAGUAACUCUAAAUAUUGUUUCUUGCCUGAUGUAACUGAAGCUUCUUAUGCUACAGUGCACCAACUGUCACAUUCGAAUAUCACAAAAUAGCCCAAACCCCACAAAUCUUACUAUGAUUCCCCUCCCCCUGUGAGUUUUUCUUUGGAUAGUUUCUUAGCACUGAGAAGAUUUGAGUUUGUGUUUGACACUCUUUGUAAUGAAUUCUGAAUACUAUCCAUGUGUCUUUUUAGAUGUAUGUCAUUUCUUUGCUCAGUGGUUACAGUGGGAUUAUCGCCCCACCCCAUUCUUGCUUCAACUAAUCAUAACACUGUGCCAAGCUUGGAGCUUUUUCAUUUUGGUAGUACAGUAUGUCUUAAAUUAAGACUUUUACAAAAACACCUCCACCUUCCCAUUCUGAUCAUAUUAUGUAGCAGCUAAUUCCAUAGACACUAAUGUGACUUGUUUCUAAUUAACCUCUCUUUUCCCCCUUUGUAGGAUUAGGUUACAAAUCUUCCAAGUCUCAGACAGUUUAAAAGCUCAGUUGAAUUCUAAAGUUUGUCUGACAAAGGGUCCAUACGUGUUACCCGUUAGGUGUACAAGAGCGAAAUGUUUGUUAAUUCAAUUUCUAAUGAAAAAACAUGGUCCAGCAGUGUUGCUACUAAUAGUAGCAUGCAGAAUUUUGUUGAUUCAAAUAAGUAUUGCUUUUUUACAGAUGUAAAAUACUACCCAAUUCAUCCUGUUUGGGGUAGUAUUUGAGGCAUGUUUACACAGUGUGAGCCUCCCCCCUUCCUCUUGUCCUCAUACUGAUUCAAUAGCAAUGAAAUGUUAUGAGGAAUGGGGAUGUCAGCCCUUUCAGUUUUCAGUAAGCUGCAGGAGCUAUGUGUAAAGCUACAAAGACUUCCCCAAACCUUACUUCCUCUUCACCUUCAGAUUGCUCUGGGAUUGAGGGUUCCACAUAGGGAGCCAAGAUGCAGUCUGUGGAUAAAUUUCCCCACCCCCAUCCUUAUUACUGUCCACCUCUCCCUUCUAACACUUGAGAACAUUGAAUUCAAUACCCAUGAGUGUGGAAGAGUUUACUUGGCUCAUCUUUUUCUUAAUAUCCAAAUAUUUGUAAGAUAGAACCACGUAGCCUUCAGUCUGAAAGUAAAUUAUAUUUGGGGUAGUAUUCAACUGCAGCCGUACUCAGAGUAGACCCAGUGAAAUUAAGGGAUAUGACUAAUGGGUUCAUUAAUUUCAGUGGGUCUACUUUGAGUAGGAUUGUGAGGACAGAAUACCACCCCUGGAGUCUAAUUCUGUAAAAACCCAAGUUCUGCUCAAGUUCUGCUAUUCUGAGUUAAUGUAUACACCACCCAAGAGGUGCAUCCCAGUACACUUAGUGGCUUUACAAAUGAUUCUGUGGAGCAUCUCCUUGGUUUUCACAUUCCCUACUGUGUUUUCAGCAUUCCCUAGUGCUGUUUCGAGUGGUUUACAUCUUGAACUGGUUGCUCCUUCCAUGCUGCCUCUUCAGCUGAUUUUUUAUGCAGUUGGGCCAUCCCCAAGACAGAAGUUCCUCUUUUCUUUUUCAUAACCUGUAACGGUCAAGUAGAUCUACAGCAGAGACGGGAAACUUGUAGACCUUCAGAAGUUGGACUCCCAACACCAUUAGUCCCAGCCAGCAUGGCCAAUGACAGGAGCUGUGGUCCCAGUAACAUGGAAGGCUGCAGGUUUACCCAUCUCUGAUCUAUAGUAACAUGCCCAAGUAGUGGAAGAGGAAGUGCCUUGAACAUUUCAGAUGUACAGAGCUAUAUACAUAAAGCUAUGAAAUUUCAUUGGCAAACUGGAAAACCCAAGCCAAACGCCAUCACUGAUUUUAUGCUGUUGUUCCCUACAAGGUUUAAGCCAUUUUGUUUGGUAUAGGAGAGGUGGUAGAAUUCCAUAGGUGAGGAGUGUCCUACAUAUGAAAGCUGUUCCAAAUUAUAAGUAACAAAGCUUUCCGCAUGUACUAAACUAGAACCACAAGGGGUGGGCCACACUAAACUUUCUCCUUGAUGCACUAUUUGACUAUGUGUACGGGUGCUUUUAAUUUGGGAGAGCAUUUUGGAUACUGCACACCUGCAGACAUCUGGUACAGUCCAAAAGUGUACCACCUUUUUUGUAUAUAAUAUGUGUACUGGUUGUUCAUUUUGCAUCAGUAUUGCACCCCAGACUAUGGAAUG